AUGCUGCUCUGGACCACUGCGCUGUUCUUGGUCUGGCUGGACCUUCAGUUCCUGCCGGACCCUGUGUUUGAAGGAGAGGUCUUGACUCUGAAAUGCCAGGGAUGGAUGCACACACAGCUGUCCCAGGUGACGUUCUACAAAGAUGGAAAACCCCUCAAUUGCUCUAAGAACCACCAAGUUUGCUUCAUAGAGACAGCAACAGUGAAAAACAGCGGCCAGUAUAGCUGCAAAGGACAGAAGACGUAUACCACACGCUGGCUCACGUACACCUCAGAGGCCAUCAGGGUUCAAGUCCAAGAGCUGUUCCUGCCUCCUGUGCUGAGUGCCAUCCCCUCUCCUGAACUUGGUGAGGACAGCCCAUUGACCCUGAGGUGUCAGACAAAGCCGCAUCCCCAGAAGUCCACCUGGCAGCUCUUCUUCUCCUUCCAUAAGAAUGGCCACAUCUUGCAGGAAAGGAGUCUCCACCCAGAGCUCUCCAUCCCAGAAGUGAAGGAGAGAGACUCUGGGCUUUACUGGUGUAAGGUGGCCCUUGAGGGUCACAGGGUCCAGAAACAGAGUCCUCCGCUGGAGAUCAAGGUGCAGGCUCCUGUGUCUCGUCCUCUGCUCACUCUGCAACCCAGGGCUGCUGGCCUUGCUGUGGGGGACGUGGUGGAGCUCCUCUGUAAGGCUGAAAGGGGCUCCCCUCCCAUCCUGUACUCGUUCUAUCUCAAUGGGGAGAUCCUGGGGAACUACUCAGCUCUUCACGGGGAAGCCGCCCCCCUUCGCUUCCUAUUGAAGUCAGAGCAGGACGCUGGGAACUACACCUGUGAGGCUGAGAACAUUAUCUCCAGAGCCAGCAGUAGGCCUGUAAAGCUCUCUAUGAAUGGUUCUCAAGACAUGUCCACCUUUAUCAGCAGCAACCAGCUGGUUGCCUGGCUCCUUGCAUGUGUGCUUGGCCUGAUGGUCAUUGCUGCUGGACUUCUAGCUUAUUUCAGACCUUGGAGGAAAGCUGGGACCCUUGGAUCCCGGAAUCUACCCUCAGCUCCAGGAGGAGAGCAGUGCCCGCUGUAUGCAAAUGUACAUUACCAGAAAGACAAAGGUGAAAAUGUUACCUACUCUCUGGCGCAUACAAAGAGGAAAGAAGCCAGGCCUGUGGAAAAGUUCACCUCACAGAGGUGAGGCAGAUGGAUCCCUGCUCUUUCCCUGCCCUCUGUCUUACAUCUGCUUCCUCAUCCUGAUCCAGCACUCCCACAGGACAAUUCUACCUACACAGAGAUGACACACUCUCGGUCCAAUAAACGUCCUGCAAAGUAUUGAAUCCAAGAAGCAAGACACACCAAGAUCUCUUCGGUGACUGCAAGGAUGUUCUCUACCAGUGAUGGCAUCCCCUCCCCCCAGCCUAUACCCAUACACAGCCUCCAGUGCUCCCCGCGCAGUCAGUGGUCUGUAGUAGGUCCUCUAGUUCCUGAGUCCAGCAGUGAAAGAGUCCCUGGGCCCUUAUACUGGUCAGAAACUCCUGAAUUGUGGGCUCCCCUCUCAACAGAAGGCCAUCAAUGGUGUGGGAAGGGACAUCCCCUCCAGUACACACAUUUAGGUUGCAGAAGUGACACUGGACACAGCCACAGAUGUCUUAUUUCCACACAAGUGAAAAAGUUUCCUGAGAGAAAUAUUAUAUACACAGAGAGAGAGAGAGAG